AUACCAAGAUUCGAUUUUUAUAAUUUUAUGCAGAGGAAGAGGAGAGACGACGACGGAGAGCCUGCCAAGAGAUCGAUGGGAAGGCGUUGCGGCGGCGGCGGAGGCGGCCAUGGUUGGCAGCUCGGCCUGUACUACUGCCUGGUGGUCGCGUGUUCAUGUGUUGUAGCAACUCAGGCUCAGGCUCACCAGGCACCGAGAACUGAUCCUGUCGAAGUGGCGGCGCUGAACGCGAUUCUGGGGAGGUGGGGCACGAAGCCGCCGACGACAUGGAACAUCACCGGCGACCCUUGCAGCGGCAUCGCCAUCGACGAAACGACCGACAUCGAUAACAGCGAAACCAUCAACCCGGGCAUCAAGUGCGACUGCUCCUACGACAACACGACCGUCUGCCACAUCACCAAGCUGAGGGUGUACGCGUUGGAUGUUGUCGGUCCGAUACCUGCAGAACUGGAGAAUCUCACCUAUCUAGCUAACUUGAAUUUACAGCAAAAUUAUUUGACAGGAUCUUUACCGGCAUUUAUUGGAGAAAUGACGGCAUUGCAGUAUCUUUUGGUGGGAAUCAAUGCGUUAACUGGAAUUUUACCAAGGGAGCUUGGCAAUCUCAACAAUCUCCUUGCGUUGGGCAUUAGCACAAAUAAGUUUGUCGGUCCACUUCCUGAAGUACUAGAAAACAUGACCAAGCUUGAGGAACUAUAUAUCGAUAGUUGUGGUCUAAGCGGGGAGCUACCAUCAGCCUUGUCUAAACUUAGAAAACUGAAGAUCUUAUGGGCAUCCGACAAUGAUUUCACUGGGAGAAUACCUGAUUAUAUUGGGAGCUUAUCAGAUUUGACAGAGUUGAGGAUUCAAGGAAACAAUUUUGAUGGUCCCAUCCCUACAAGUUUUUCUAAUCUCGUCAAUUUGACAUCUUUGCGAAUAGGCGAUUUAGUGAGUGGGAGUUCUUCAUUGGCUUUUAUGUCAAACAUGACAUCCUUGAUUGUUCUAACACUGAGGAAUUGCAGGAUAUCUGACAACCUUGCUUCAGUGGACUUCUCAAAAUUUGUAGGACUUUAUUACUUGGACUUGAGUUUUAACAACAUCACUGGCAAAGUGCCUUCAGUCCUUUUGAAUCUGAAUUCACUCAUUUACCUAUUUCUUGGAAACAACAGCCUCUCUGGGAGCUUGCCAGACACAAAGGGUGCUAGCCUUAAAGUUCUAGAUUUCUCCUACAACGAGCUCUCUGGAAAGUUCCCUUCUUGGUAUAGCACGGAAAGACAUUUACAAGUGAAUUUGGUGUGGAACAACUUCAUGAUAGAUAGUUCAAACAGAAGUAUUUUGUCAUCAGGUCUAAAUUGCCUACAGCGAAAUACUCCAUGUUUACCUGCUUCUCCAGAUGAUUCCUCAUUUGCAGUUGACUCCGGUGGUACUAGACCCAUUAUAGGCUCAGAUAAAUCUUAUUACGAACCCGACGACACGAAUUUAGGAGAGGCAUCAUACUAUGUUUCGAACUCAACAAGAUGGGGUAUUAGCAACACGGGGAAAUUCAUGGAAGCCGCUAAUUUUAGCUUCAUAGUAUACACUUCACGCCAGUUUACAAACACGCUUGAUAGUGUACUAUUCCAGACAGCCAGAACGUCAUCCUCUUCAUUGAGAUACUAUGGCAUUGGACUAAAGAAUGGAUUUUACAACGUCGAGCUUCAAUUUGCAGAGAUCUUCUUUCCAGACAACACGACAUGGACAAGCUUGGGAACAAGGAUUUUCGACAUAUUUAUUCAGGGAGAACUCAGAGAAAAGGAUUUCGAUAUAAAGAAACAAACAAAUGGAAAAUCUUAUACUGUUGUUUUGAGGCAGUAUGUUGUUAGAGUUACAGAAAAUUUCAUGGAGAUUCACCUUUUCUGGGCUGGAAAAGGAACUUGUUGCAUUCCUAGACAGGGAUCCUACGGGCCAUUAAUCUCAGCAUUAAGUGUAUCUCCUUAUGGUGGCAACAAUAAGGUUGAUCCUGGUCCUAUUAAAAACAGUGCUGGUAAAAGUAAAAUAGCUUUGGUAGCUGGAGUUGUUGUCUGUACUAUAGUUUUAGGCCUUUUAUCCACAGGGACAUUUCUUUGGAGACAGAAAAGGAAAAAAAUGGAGGCGGAGAUGGGAGAGCUUCUCAGUGUAGUUGGAAGGCCAGAUGUCUUCAGUUAUGGUGAAAUAAAAUCAGCUACCAACAACUUUAGCCAGGAUAACAUCCUAGGAAGGGGGGGCUAUGGCCUUGUUUACAAGGGUAAGCUAUAUGAUGGAAGAAUGGUAGCUGUGAAGCAAUUAUCUCCAACAUCUCAUCAAGGGAAACGGGAGUUCAUGACAGAAAUUUCAACUAUAUCCACCGUUCAACACCGAAACCUCGUGAAGUUGUAUGGUUGUUGCAUUGAGAGCAAAGCACCACUUCUGGUCUAUGAAUUCCUAGAAAAUGGGAGCCUUGAUCAAACUAUCUUUGCUACUGGCAAGACAAAUAUGAACCUAGAUUGGAGAACCCGCUUCGACAUAUGCGUAGGCAUCGCAAGAGGCCUAGCAUAUCUCCAUGAGGAGUCCAGCACAAGGAUAGUUCACAGGGACAUCAAAACCAGCAAUGUCUUGCUUGAUGGUGAUCUCAAUCCAAAAAUCUCUGACUUUGGGCUAGCUAGGCAUUAUGAGGACAACAUGACUCACCUUAGCACAGGAGUAGCUGGCACGCUUGGUUAUCUAGCACCCGAGUAUGCCAUGAUGGGCCACUUGACAGAGAAGGCUGAUGUCUUCGCUUAUGGUGUUGUGGCAAUGGAGAUUAUUGCAGGAAGGCCAAACUUUGAUGAGAGCCUCGAGGAUGAUAAGAAGUAUCUGCUUGGAUGGGCUUGGCGGCUACAUGAGCGAAGUCAGACUCUUGAAAUGUUGGACCCUAAACUUGCAAGAUUUGACGAGGAAGAGGUUGUGCGUGUCAUCAACAUCAUUCUCCUUUGCACCGUGGGCCUGCCUGAGCAACGCCCACCGAUGUCAAAAGUCGUCUCCAUGCUUACUGAAGAUACCGAGAUGAGUGAGGUGGAUAUGAGUAUGUGGCCUAGCUAUGUGCCUCAGUGGCAGAGGAAGAGUGGAAGUGAUAGUUUCUUCACGUCAUCGAUGCAGCAAUCUUCAGGCACCGAAUCUAGUGUGCCAUCAAGCUCAGGAAACAACACAAAAUCCCAAGGGGAAACCUUCCCACUUGUUUUGUCGGCUAAUUCUAUCAGUGAGUUUGCUGAGGGAAGGUGAUAGAUAAGUACCCAAGGGUGCUGUUUUUAAGUUUGAGUGAAUCUUGGUCCCUUUUUCUCCUUCAAACAUUGUGCCCUUCAUUAACUUUCCAUGAGAACUAGACAUGUUGGGUUUCAUAUCUUAGGGUUAUAAUUCAUAUAAUCAUGUUUGCCUAAUUUUUCUUACUUCAGAACAAUUUGUGUAUUUCUUUUCUUCCAUGUAUAGUAGAUCAAACACUGGAUGCACAUGGUGUUGUAAUAUCUGGUCUGUAAUUCCUGACCAAUUACAUUUGAAACAUAAACAAUCUAUGGGUACAGCAAAUUUUGUAGGAGUUUGCAAA